AUAUAGUACCAAGUUAGUGGUUACUAACCAUGGCACCUGCGUCGAUUUGUUUGUGUUGAAUACGUGACAAUUCAAUUCAAGUUUAUUUACCAGAAUUUCAAAUUAUUCUAGUGAAACCAAGUAUACAGAAUGGGAGUUCCAGCAUUCUUUCGAUGGCUUAGCCGCAAAUAUCCUAGUGUUAUUGUCGAAUGUAUUGAACAGAGGCCAGUCGAUGUAGAUGGCCAGUUAGUCUAUGUGGACUCAUCACUUCCAAACCCAAAUGGUUUGGAGUUUGACAACCUUUACUUGGAUAUGAAUGGUAUUAUUCAUCCUUGUACCCAUCCCGAAGAUAAGCCUCCCCCUAAAGAUGAAGAUGAGAUGAUGGUAGCAAUUUUUGAAUGUAUUGACCGCCUUUUUCGUAUUGUACGACCUAGGAAGGUUUUGUACAUGGCUAUUGAUGGUGUUGCACCAAGGGCUAAAAUGAACCAGCAAAGGUCCCGUAGGUUCAGAGCUUCAAAGGAAACGCAAGAAAAAAUUGAAGAAAUAGCUCGCAUUCGCUCAGAGCUGGAAGUUAAGGGUGCCUAUCUACCUCCUGAAAGGCCCAAAGAGGCCCAUUUUGACUCAAACUGUAUCACCCCAGGGACCCCAUUCAUGGACAGACUCAGCAAAUGCUUACAUUAUUAUAUUCAUGACAGGUUAAACAGUGACCCCGGAUGGAAAGGAAUCAAAGUUAUUUUAUCUGAUGCUAAUGUCCCCGGUGAAGGGGAACACAAAAUUAUGGACUACAUUCGCAGACAGAGAGCUCAACCAGACCAUGAUCCAAACACACAGCAUGUGUUAUGUGGCGCUGAUGCUGACCUUAUUAUGUUAGGACUGGCAACACAUGAACCUAAUUUUACCAUCAUAAGGGAAGAAUUUAAGCCGAACAAACCUAGGCCUUGUGAUGUAUGUGGACAACUUGGCCAUGAAAUGAAAGAAUGCACGGGCAGUAGUCCUGAUGCUGCAUUAGUAAGAUCUGAUCCAGCAUUUGGAAAUCAAGACAGCUUCAUAUUUGUGAGGCUGAAUGUUCUAAGAGAAUAUUUAGAAAAGGAAUUGCAAAUGCCAAACUUACCCUUUCCAUAUGACUUUGAGCGAGCUUUAGAUGACUGGGUGUUUAUGUGUUUCUUCGUGGGAAACGACUUUUUACCGCAUUUACCCAGCCUUGAGAUCAGAGAAGGGGCGGUAGAUCGACUUGUCAACUUGUAUAAGAAGUGCGUUUACAAAACUAAGGGCUGGAUAACGGAUUCGGGAGAUGUAAACCUAGACAGAGUUCAAGUUAUAAUGGACGAGCUGGGACGAGUCGAAGACGAGAUCUUCAAACGCCGGCAUCAAAAUGAAGUUAGCUUCAAGGCCCGGGAAAAGGCCAAAAAACAGCAGAAAAUUAACUUUCAAUUGCUUGAGGAUACGCAAUUUGCGCCUACGGCCCUGGGAGGUGGACCCAAAACGGUACAAAACGCGCGUCAAGAGGCCGCUGAGAUUCGUCGAGCGGGAAUGCAAGCUGUUGCCAAUAGGGAACAAGAAGAGUCAGGCCGGUCGCGCAAGCGCAGUGCCGCCCAGGCCGGUCUCGAUGAUGACGAUGACAAACACGACGAGGUUCGGCUCUGGGAAGAAGGCUUCAAGGAGAGAUACUAUGAGAGCAAGUUUGAGGUGGACAAGAAUAACUUGGAGUUUAGGUACCGGGUAGCGCUACAAUACGUCCGCGGCCUCUGCUGGGUGCUUCGCUACUACUACCAGGGCUGCGCUUCAUGGAAGUGGUACUUCCCGUACCACUACGCCCCGUUCGCUUCGGACUUUGUCAAUAUUAGCGGACUCAGUACCAAAUUCGAGAAGGGAACGAAGCCGUUCCGACCUCUGGAGCAGCUCAUGGGCGUGUUCCCAGCUGCCAGUUCACAACACGUGCCUCAGCCGUGGGCCAAGCUCAUGAGCGAUCCGUCGUCACCGAUAAUAGACUUCUACCCGAUCGACUUUAAGAUAGACUUGAACGGGAAGAAGUUCGCGUGGCAAGGAGUCGCCUUGCUGCCUUUCGUGGAUGAGGCGAGACUCUUCAAGGCUCUGGAGCCCUAUUACGAGGAUCUGUCGCAGGCUGAAAUUAAAAGAAACAUUCGCGGUCACGACCGCCUAUACGUAUCAACGGGUAACCAAAGCUAUGAGUUUUUGCUGGGUUUGUACCAGGCGGCUGGGGCGGAGUUGAAAAAGCUUAUAGAGAGCAAUCAGCGCUAUCCUUUUAGAAGUGAGGGUGUGCGUGGUGAUGUACUGCUGAGUGCUGAUAAUGUCAUUAUUGGCGGGCAACUAUCGUCUCCCGUGGUGGGCCUUUCCCCUGUCCUGGAUAACCGGGUGUUAUGCGUCCGGUACCAAGACCCAGAUUACCCGGAAGAGUUCAUCUUCCCUGCUCGCCGUCUCCGGGGUGCUACGGAACCCCCCAGGGUACUAAAACCAGGGGAUCUGUCGCAGCAGGAGAAUCGCAACUGGAGGCCGCAAAUUGGUAUGGUAAGGUCACACACAGUAGCCAAUCUGGAGAUGGCUGGACAUAGGAUGCUGGGACAUCAUCUGCCCAGAGAUAACACCUACUCAUCAGUACCUCCUCCACAGCAUAAUCGUUCUCAAUCGUUUGGACCACGGCGCGGCGGUUAUGUACCACACCAGGAAUUUAACAACCCAGGAUACGGCCGAUCUGGUUACCAGUCAAAUAGAGGUAAUCAAGAGAGGUCCGACAACCAAGAGAGGUUCGGUAAUCAAGAGAGGUCCGGCAAUCAAGGGAGGUUCGGCAAUCAAGAGAGGUUCGGUAAUCAAGAAAGAUUUGGUCAUCAAGACAGAUCCAAUAGUCAAAAUCGGUACGGCAACAAUCAAGGUUACUCAAGCCAUCAAAACCCAAGGUUUAAUAACAGUAACCAGGGGUAUUCCUCGAAAAACCAGAAUCAAAGAGGUGGAAACCAGAAUCAGGGUGGUUGGAGACCUCACGGACCCAAUCGGUAUCAAGGAAAUUCUAGUUGGCGUUGAGGUUUUUUAGAAUAGAUUAAUUUUAAGAUCUAGUUACACUCUUGAACGUAAAAUAGAAAGUUUUCUCAAACACGGCAAAAAGACUAGAAAAUAUGGACGGAAGUUUCAAGAAUUGAAUACUUAAACUAACUGAUUGAAAUUGUUACUGAAAAAACGCCGAGUUAUACUCCUAACGUUCUUAAUCUUAAACCAAACGUUAUUUCUACGUAUCGCAGAUUUUCCUGUUGUUAAUGUUGAUAAUAACAGGAAUAUCUUAGGAGAUCUUGAGUGAAAUACGACUGUUAAUUUGAUAUUUAGAUAAUCUGAUGAUAAUUUGAUGGUGAUAAAUUUCAUAUAUUGCAAAUAUAAAAUUGCGUUUCAUAUAAAUUUUUCACGGGAAAAUUAAAAAUAUUGUAAUUUUGCUACGAAUAACAAAUUCUAGAUGUUUCUGACUGAAAUAGUGACGUCUUGGACGUCGUUUACAAUAUAUAGCCAUUAAGCCAUUGACGAUCCCAUAUGUUGAUAUAAUUAUGAUAUACAUAUAUUAUUUAAUGCCUGUAUUCAAACAAUACCUUUAUUUUUAUGUAAAUUUCUUUCGUAAUUGUUUAUUACACUAUAUGAGUCUGUAUUCAUUGACUUGACUUUAAAAGACACAAUUAAGAUUUUUUAAUAGAAAAAAUUUGCAUAUAUGCAGUUUAUGUUAGGUACAGAGAAAUAAAAUAUGAAUUACUU